AGGAAGAAAGGAAGGGAGAGACUCACAAGAUGAAAUCCUGUCAAAAAAUUGAAGGAAAACCAGAAAAUGAAAGUGAACCAAAGCUUGAGGAAGAGCCAAAGCCUGAGGAAAAGCCAGAGGUGGAAGAAGAGCCAGAGGAGGAGGAAAAAACGGAAGGAACUUUUAGAGAAAGACUGAUUCAGUCUCUGCAGGAAUUUAAAGAAGAUAUACACAACAGGCAUUUAAGCAAGGAAGAUAUGUUUAGAGAAGUGAGUGAAAUAAAGGAGAUAAGGAGAGUAAGAAACAAACUUAUAGUGAUGCGUUGGAAGGUUAACUGAAACCAUCCUUAUCCCUAUUUAAUGUA